AAACAGGUCUGGUGUCAAAGUCUGUUUCCCCACCAGGUGGUGUUUCUCUCCUGUAGGACGAGUGUUUCUCCCUAUAGUUUCUGAUCCGUGGUUGGGUUAAGGUAGAUCACCCUGAUGAAGGCCCUGCGGUGAAACACAUUAAAAUAAAGAAGGUUCUUCCAAUUCAUCAACUUUCCUACAGAGAGAGUCGGAGAGGUGUUUUUCUCCCGCCGAUGAAAGCACUCUCGCUGCAGUCAUGCUUCCCCGGGUCGGUAAAGAGUUUCUGGUCCGGAUACGAUUCAACUGGCAGCCAUUUUUCCGGGGCCGGGCCCUGCUGAUCACAAACACCCUGAGCGGAGGAGUCAUGCUGGGGACAGGAGACAUCGUGCAGCAGAGCUGGGAGAACUUCAAGAAGCCAGGCAGAGUCAGAGACUGGAGGAGGACAGGUUUCAUGUUUUCGGUGGGCUGCUCCAUGGGCCCACUGCUGCACUACUGGUACAUCUGGCUGGAUGGAGCGUUCGUGGGUAAAGCUCUAAAAACAGUUUGCAAGAAGGUUCUGGUGGACCAGGUGGUCGCCUCACCGUUUUUGGGGAUGUGGUAUUUUUUAGGUAUGGGUCUCAUGGAGGGACACACUUUGGCUGAAGGUUGGAAGGAGUUCACAGACAAGUUCUGGGAAUUUUAUAAGGCGGACUGCUGUGUUUGGCCUGCCGCUCAGAUGAUCAACUUCUACUUUCUCUCACCCAAAUUCCGUGUUGUCUACAUCAACUUCGUCACCCUAGGGUGGGACACCUACCUUUCCUACCUCAAACACAGAGUUGACAGCCCCCCCACUGAGCUGGUAUCAGACAGCAGUGCUGUAGAUGUACAGCAAGAAACGCUCCCACCGCCCAAACCUCUGAAGGAAAAGGCUUAGAGACGGAGUUCACACUCAACUGUGAAGUCCCUCAUUGAGGCAAAAGAACAUUUUGCUUUUUUAUCCAUUUAAACUUAUUUUCUGCCUCUGCAUUUGUAAGACUGUAAUAACAGAUGGUGUUUUUCCUCCGACAAACCGUUCCUCUCUCAAGAACACAACCGUGUUUCAAUCUGGACUCUAAAGAGUUGUGGAUGUGUAAUCAGAAGUGCUGGAACACUUUCCCCGUCAUGUCUGUAGAGUUUUAAUGUGUCUCCGUCUCAUUUGUCAGUUUAUUUAUAUCUUAAUGAUGUGCACUUCUGCAGGAACAUUCAGGGAUGGAAAGCUGUCUCACUGCCUGUCAUGUUAAUGAUGGUACUGCUUCUCUUUUUUAUCACGUCCUGAGUGAGUGUUACUGCUGCAUUAACAAGACCUCAGUGUAAGUCCCCGUAGAUGAGAGUGUCUGUAGUGUGAAACUCGCAUCGUUGUUGCACUCAAAGAUUUAAACUGUCUAACAUCCAACUAUCCAAGUGUCAUUCCUUUUAUUCAACAUAUUAUAUAUUUGACAUGAAAGAAUCAUUGUUGAUGUGAAAGAGCUGCUAUGUUUUUAUAACUAUUAUAUUAACAAGAACAAACAUUGACUUAAUAUAUAAACCUGUGCUAUGCUCCCUUUUUAAUGCCAAAUGACCUUGUGUUCAGUUUGUCCCUUUGAGGUAGCUAUAAAAACAAAUGCAUGAUUAUGAUUAUGUGUUUAAAGAAAAUGUAGAACAGGAUUAUUUUUAAAGAUCUUCUAUUUUUUUGUUAUAUUAAAUUGAUUGUGCAGCCGUAAGUGGAAACCUGAUCCAAGACUGCAGUAGUAUUAUACUGGUGACUGUACAUGUGAAUAUCUCCAGCUGCCAAUUUAUGACUGAGGCAGGUUUAGUUUUGGCAGGUGAUUAAACAGCUCAGUGCAUAACUGUUUGUGUGUAUAUCUUUAGUGUUGCUGCUGUGUUUAUAUAACAGACUUACCACCAAUUAGAACUCCUAAUACAACAUAACAUGUAUCAUUAGCAUACCAGUGUUGUUGUUUUUUAAUUUUUUAAUACAUCACCGUAGAGGCCUUUAAAGAAAUCUGACUGCUGAAGAGGUGCUUUUGUUUUAUGUUUUUUUAUUGUUGAGUAACAUGAAAGUGCGCGAUGACUUUAUUGUAUUACCUUGUGUCCGAAUUAUACAUUUUGUGGCAUAUAAGCAGAAUCUUUAAACAUACCUAGCUGUUAUAUAAAUUAUGGAGCAAUAAAGAAUCAGGAGAGACAGACCUUCCAGGAAGUGUUAUUUUUUUACUUUGAUCUGCUUAUAUCUACAAAUGUGCUUUUUUUUUUUUUUUUUUUUUUUAAAUUAAUGUACUGUUGCAGGUUCAGUUCUUUGCACUCGUAACAUUUACUGCUCUUUGAUAUUUUCAUGUCAAACAAGAAAAAGACAGGGACAUUCACUGUAGGUAAUGUGUGUGUGUCAUCUUUGCAUUGCUCUGCUAAGUAUAUUUGUCAGUCCAGUUUUGCAACAUUUUUUUUAAUAUUAUACAAACAGCAACACUAUGCAAAGUAUAAAUGCAAGUUUAUUUGUGUAGCAGCACCUUUCUAUUGUAAUUCAACCUUAUUGUCAUGUCUUGUCAUUCCAAGAUGGUGCAACCUGCUAAAACAUGUAAAAGUACACAAAAAAUAACUGAAGGUUUUGUGGAAAAUUCUGCAAGGUAAUUUUAUACACUGUCAACAACCUAAAGACACAACAUGCAUUGAAACAACAGUCAAAAAUAGGAGUUUAUUAUAGUAAAAUGAGUUGAAAACAUGAAAGGAGAUAUUUGGCUGCACAGAAAGUAAAACAUCACACUGUGUGUCGCAGGAAAGAGCUUCAAUUGUAAUUGGUGACUAUUUAGAACCACCAUCGUACAAAGUGAAUGUCUAUGUGUAGCAGCUGCCAGGUGUAUAGUAUAGAUAUUUAGACACCUCUUACGUGAGCCAGAUAGAAAUUUCCCUGUUUAUUACUGUGCAUAAAUCUUCUGUGUGUACUUUGGCCUCCAGCUCAAGAAACCCUCUGGUGCUGGCACUUUGUGUGUGCACAGUUUUUUGAGUGUGCAAAUAAUAGAUAAAUAAAUAAAACAAAAUAAAAUGUGGUAGGGAUGCCCUUUUUUUCCACUUGAAAAGUGGAAACAAAAGUGCAAAACGUCUGUGCACAGCACUGGGCCCCAAACAGCCAUAUUUGUUUCGAAAUGAAAAAUGUUGAAUUAUGUUAUUAUUCUAAGUCACUGUACCCCAAAAUAACAAACAAAAUGUCCAAAAGUACUUAAAAAAUAUGCAACUCCGCUGUAUAUACUACCUCCUAGCUGUGUUGUGUACUUGAGAGGAAAACAUUGCACUACUGCAUUUACUCAUCAGAGAAAUGUUACUUAUGUUGCAGAUUCA